GGCCUACAUAUGUACAAAAUGACCCGCGGGGGUAAACACCUCCAACUGAAGGGGUGUCUCCAUAUAUUAAGGAGCGCUUGCUACUGUGUUGAAGCCCCGGUUGGACAAGCCAUAAUUAGAGGAUUUGCCGGCUGAGCUCGCCACACUUCUGGCGGAACUUCACUUGUCCACUACAGUGACUGAGUGACUGACGCACCUGGCUGUUCCGGAUCCGGUUGCGUGCACACACACAGGACCAUCUGAUUGGCAACGAGUGGUGUGGAGCAUAGGCGGCGACUGCAGAUAUCCAGACACGUGACUGGCGAGCGAGUCUACCAGCAUGCAGUAGAGGAUAAUAAUGACCUCAUCUUAUUUACAUGUCGUAGUUCGAAGUGCAUAUAUAGAGGCCUGAUCUCCCAAGGCGGUUAUCUGCAUCCUUGGCUGGGACUGCGAGCGAAGUACCCUCGCCAAGCGUGUGAUGACAGUGUGCGCAUCUUUUAAUAGCGGAUUGUUCUGUUACUUCUUGUGCCUGUGCUGGGGACGUGGGAUAAUACUGUCGCGGCUGGACCAGUGAACUUCACAACUUACAGGGAAACUUUUUUGCCUUCGUGACGCAUCGCUAUACACGAUCAACUUCAACGCAGAGUGUGUCUUGGGUGAUAUUUUUUCCCCAGUGUGUGUUUAUCGCCUGCGGGCUCUAGAGAUUUCGCGAGGCGCUCGUCUGGAAGCGCCGAGUUGUACAUGAGAGAUGAACAACGCAAUGGAAAGUUGGAUUGAGAGAGCAAGUCGGGGAGCAGUGCGCGUUGGGGCCUUGGUGCUCCUUGUGUGUUUAACAUUAACCGUUAACAGUUUGCCCACAUCGACUUUCAAAGCUGCCACCGUGCCGUCGUCGCCGCACCAACUUCACCAAAACCAUCAUUCUCCGACGCAAAGUACUGUUGUUGCCAAGAGCGCGAUGUCGUGGGACGAUAAGACGACGACGACGGCGGGUGACGACAGAUCGGAGGUGAGGCAUCUGCAAGGAAAUAACCAGGGUGGUGUUAUCCUCAGCACAGUACAAACGUCUGGGGAGGACAACAACAGAAUCUCUACAAGGAUGCGGCGAAUGAGUAACAGUAGAGACCGAAAUUUCGUUUUCGACACCGCCAAACGGAUGCACUGCAGAAAUGGCUAUUUGCUGGCAAUCUAUGACAAUGAAACUAUCAAUGGAACAACGAAUAAAAACGACCCUCACACUUACUUUUUGAUAACGACGGUAACAUUUAGCGAAGUCAAGAUUUUAGGAGUGCACAGUGGACUGUACGUCUGCAUGAACAGUCACGGCAAACUCUUCCCGUCGCCUGAUGCGACUAACGAAUGUGUCUUCAAAGAAGAAUUUCUGCGGACUCUGUAUGCGGUGUUCUCGUCCCAAGCUUACGACUCCCCUGCUAGGAAGAAGAGAUGGUACAUAGGACUCGAUAAAAACGGCCGGCCACGGCUGGGCAGGAAGACCAAGAAGAGGCACUCGAUGACACACUUCCUCGUGGAAUCAGUAUGAUCACGGAAUGAAACCGAAGGCAUUUCAGAAGCAGACUUAGCGAGUCCGAGAACUCUCCGCAGCCACGACGAGAAUCGCGAUGGGCGAUAAACGGUUGGAGAUAUUAAUGCUGUCUCGCCGGUAACACUUGGCUUGAGAGCCUCGUGAACUCCACAGCUCCACGUGUAUGCGAUUUUAAAUGUACAUCACACGUGUCAUCCGACGCAAUGGCAAUGGUACGGCGAGGCCCUAUCGGUGGACGUCACACUGCCGGGCGGAUACGCACCAAGGAGGCGCGCUUGGACAUCUCCCUCGUGCCUAAAACUGCUAAAUCUGUCACCAGAAGCUAAAGUCGGAGACAUAAAUAAUAUAUCUUUGGUGUUAGAUGUAUUAUUUACGUUGGAGGCAUGAGCAUAAAGUAUUCCACAUUGACGAGCGUUCAUCAAUAUAAAUAUAAGCCGCCGUCGUUUUAAUGUAACAAAUAUUGUAUCAUAUUAAUAGCGAAACAAAAAUAUUUAAGAUUUUUAAAAAUACUUCAGUGCAAAUUGUGUUUAAGAAUAUGUCAAGUAUUACGUAUACACUUUAGACAAUGAUGUUAAUCUUCCACCUAGGAUAGGGUACCUUACGAUAAACAUUAUGGAUGGGCCACCGUUUACUUUGUGUGGACCGUUGUGUUAACUUCAUCAUUAUAGUUUUCAUUUUGUUGUUCCCAAAGUGAUCAUUAUUCAUGUGAAUAAGUACUAUAGGUCUUUGUAAUUGUUCGGAUAUCUUGUUAAAGACUUUCCCUACGUGUUUUUUUCCCCCUUUUCGUUAUUAAGGAAAAGUUGGACCAAUGUUUAGGCCCUUUUUCAACUAGCAAUUAGUUUCGAUAUGGUAUACCACAGCUUUGCUCCAUAUUCUAUAAGUCAUAAAUUGUGGAUACUUCUUUGGGUAUAGCUCACUGGUCUUUGCAAUAAGUUCCUGCUGAUUAGGUGAUCAGAGAAUGGAUAUUUUAAUUCGAAACGAAAAUCAUACCAAAAUGUCUGAUGGACCUCAUUUUCUUUCCCCAACAACUGAUUUGAUAUCAUGACGAAGAUUCGUCUGUAGACAUAAAAACCAGUUGAUCCAAUCACUGGUGCUUUAAGCCCGACCAAAAAAAAACGUUCUGAAGGGAAGCAAUUUCGAAACUUGCCGAUAAAUCUCAAAAUGAGUCUAGUUAAGACUGUCAGCAUAAGACCAGAAGCUGAGCCGUUGUCAAUGGGGUACCCAAUUUGCAGCAGGGCUGUCCUUCGGGUUCUCAAGGGGAAAGUCCAGCCGUAGGUGCCCCUCCGAUCCCCUGUCACUCACCCGGACAAUUGGGGCAUUCAGCAAGUUUGCACACAUCACUCGCCUUUACCGACACACCUGGUUAGACCUGUAUGAGACCAGCCGACCGUGAACCAAGUGGUUCAGACCCGCCGAGAAUGGGGAUUUGCGAACAAGUAUAGGUUUUUUUGUAAGCGCCGAUGCUUGUCGGCCUGGUUCCAUCAUCGUCUGGAGUUUGGUGGUGGGGUAUU